AUGCUCACAUUCGCCUCAACUUCUACUUCUGAUCUCUUCUCGAUGCCUUCAUCCCAAUUCGAGUACAUCAAACCUUCCUACGACAAGAAGAUGUUCAACUUCUCUUCUUCCUCUGAUGACGCCGUGACGUCUUCUUCUGAUUUCGCUGACGAUUCUGGAUUUUUUGAUGACUCCGACGAAUCCAGCCACACCAUCAGCUCCAUCGGUCACGACAUCGGCACCAAGCUGGCAGCCAUGUGCGAUGCUUUCGACGCCGAAAUGAUGUCCUACUCCAGAAGACGUGACACCUCCAGAAGCUUGCUCAACCGUGUGCUCGACUUCUUCGCCUUCUAA